GGAGGUCACGUGGGAGGGGAGGCAAGAUGGCGGCCAGCGGGCUGUCCGCGAGGAGCAGCAGAGAACUGUGGACCAUUCUUUUGGGAAGAUCAGCUUUGAGGGAACCAGCACAGAUCGCGGAAGAGUUGAAUAAACACUGGCAGAGGCUGCUUGAAGGACUCUGUUACUACAAGCCACCUAGUUCAACUUCCGCAGAAAUAGUGAAAGCUGAUAAAAACGUGGCUGCUUCCUUGAAGGAACUGGGUCUCAGAGUCAGCAAGUUUUUGGGCUUGGAUGAAGAUCAAAGCGUGCAGCUCCUACAGUGUUACCUUCAAGAAGAUUAUAGAGGGACUAGAGACUCGUUAAAGACGGUGCUGCAAGAUGAGAGGCAGAGCCAAACUCUGCUGCUGAAGAUUGCUGAUUACUACUAUGAGGAAAGGUUUUGUAUUCUUCGGUGUGUUCUUCACAUCCUCACUUACUUCCAGGAUGAGCGGCACCCUUACAUGGUCCCGUAUUCGCAGUGUAUGGAAAAAUUGGAUAAGGAAUUGGUUCCUAAUUAUCGGAAACAGUUUGAAGAGCUGUAUAAAGCCGAAGCGCCUACAUGGGAGACACAUGGAAGUCUAAUGACAGAGCGGCAAGUCUCUCGCUGGUUCGCCCAGAGCCUCCAUGAACAAUCGAUGUUGCUGGAAAUAAUCUUCCUUUACUACGCCUAUUUUGAGAUGACCCCUGAGGAACUGCUGACUUUUGCCAAGAUGUUCAAAGAGCAGGGGUUUGGUUCCCGGCAGACCAACAGGCACCUGGUUGACGAAAGCAUGGAUCACCUGGUUGAUCGGAUUGGGUACUUCAGUGCACUAAUUCUAGUGGAAGGCAUGGAAAUUGAUUCUUUGCAUGAACGCUUGUUGGAUGACAGGAAAGAGGAACAUAAAUUUGCUGGCAAUGGGCAGGUCUGCCAGGAAAUGGACCGCCUGCUGCUGACUCUUGGGGGUGUUCCCCAUCACGCCCCUGUCCUCUUGGCCUGGGCCUUACUCCGCCACACGUUGGGCGCUGAUGGGUCAACCAGUGUGAUCAGGCGAAUGGGAAGCAGCGCAAUCCAAAUGAAUGUAUUUCAGUAUUUGACGAAGCUGCUCCAAUCCAUAAGUAGCGAAGGAAAUUGUAUUUCCAGCACCGCCUGCAUGUGCAUUUACGGCCUGCUGUCCUUUGUCCUGACUUCCCUGGAGCUGCACACGCUGGGCAAUCAGCAGGACAUCAUUGAUACAGCCUGUGAAGUUUUGGCAGCUUCAAGCAUUCCUCCACUGUUCUGGAAAACGGAACCCACAGCAGGUCUGGGCAUUAUUUUGGAUAGCGUAUGUGGCAUGUUUCCACACCUCCUCUCCCCUCUUCUGCAGUUACUCACCGCGCUUGUUUCAGACAAGUCUACAGCAAAAAAGGUUUACACCUUUUUGGACAAGAUGUCGUUCUACAUUGAGCUUUAUAAGCACAAACCAGCAGAUGUAAUCUCUCACGAAGACGGGACCCUGUGGAGGAGGCAGACACCCAAAUUGCUCUACCCCCUUGGGACGGGACAAACCAACCUCAGGAUCCCUCAGGGAACAAUUGGUCAGGUGAUGCUGGACGACCGGGCCUAUUUGGUACGAUGGGAAUAUUCCUAUAGCAGUUGGACGCUCUUCACGUGUGAGAUUGAGAUGCUGUUGCAUGUGGUGUCAACGGCUGAUGUCCUCCAGCAUUGCCAGAGGGUUAAGCCCAUCAUCGAUCUGGUUCACAAAGUCAUCAGCACUGAUGUGUCGAUCGCAGAUUGCCUUCUGCCAAUUACGUCCCGGAUCUACAUGCUGCUGCAAAGAUUGACUACUGUGGUUUCUCCCCCGGUUGAUAUUAUUGCCUCUUGUGUCAAAUGCUUAACGGUCCUGGCUGCCCGGAUGCCUGCCAAGGUCUGGACUGAUCUUCAUCAUACAGGCUUUUUACCGUUUGUGGCAAAUCCGGUUUCUAAUAUGAGUCACAUGAUCAGUGCAGAGGGAAUGAAUGCUGGAGGCUACGGAAACUUGCUGAUGGGCAUCGAGCAGCCUCAGGGCGAAUACGGCGUGACAGUCUCCUUCCUGAAUUUAGUCAUGACGCUAGUCCGGGGGCAGCUUGGUAGCACCCAGAGCCAGGGUCUGGUGCCAUGCAUCGUGUUCGUCCUGAAGGAGAUGCUGCCGAAUUAUCACAAGUGGCGUUAUAACUCCCAUGGAGUGAGAGAAAAAAUUGGAUAUCUUAUCCUACAGCUGAUCCAUGCCAUUUUGAAUCUGUGCCCUGAAACGGAUCCUCAUAGCAGCAAUGCCCCUAGCCUCCAGUCCCUUUGCAUCUUCAGCCUGGCCAAUACGGAAGCGGGCCAGGCGGUCAUCAGCAUCAUGGGCAUUGGGGUGGACACCAUUGAUAUGGUGAUGGCCAGCCAGUCCUGCAGCGAUGGUGAAUCUCAGGGCCAGCUGCUGAUCCAGACGGUGAAACUGGCAUUCUCCGUCACCAAUAACGUCAUCCGGUUAAAGCCACCAUCCAGCGUCGUGUCACCUCUGGAACACGCCCUGACACAGCAUGGAGCCCACCGGAACAAUCUGAUCGCUGUCUUGGCCAAGUACAUCUACCACAAGCAUGAUCCAGCCUUGCCACGCCUAGCCAUCCAGCUCCUGAAGCGACUGGCGACCGUGGCUCCGAUGUCUGUCUAUGCCUGUCUUGGCAGCGAUGCCUCGGCCAUCCGCGAUGCCUUUCUGACCCGGCUGCAAAGCAAAAUCGAGGACAUGCGCAUUAAAGUCAUGAUUCUCGACUUCCUCACCGUUGCGGUGGAAACCCAGCCAGGGCUCAUCGAAUUAUUCCUUAAUCUGGAAGUGAAAGAUGGGAGUGAUGGCUCAAAGGAGUUCAGUUUAGGGGAAUGCAGCUGCCUCCACGUGGUCCUGGAGCUGAUCGACUCCAAGCAGCAGGAGCGGUACUGGUGCCCUCCCCUUCUGCAGCGAGCCACCAUCGCUUUCCUCCACGCCCUGUGGCAGGACCGCCGAGACAGCGCCAUGUUGGUUCUCCGGACCAAGCCAAAGUUUUGGGCAAACUUAACCAACCCAUUGUUUGGAACACUUCCUCCACCCUCUGAAACGUCUGAGCUCAGCGUCUUGGACACCUGCGCCUUGAUAAUGAAAAUAAUUUGCCUGGAGAUUUACUCUGUGGUCAAGGGAUCUCUGGACCAGUCCCUGAAAGACACGCUCAGGAAGUUCUCGAUGGAAAAGCGCUUUGCCUACUGGUCGAGCUACGUGAAGUCCCUGGCCUUCCACGUGGCAGAGACAGAGGGCAGCGGCUGUGCCUCCAUGACCGAGUACCAGAUGCUGAUCUCGGCGUGGCGCAUGCUGCUGAUCAUUUCCACAAGCCACGCUGAUAUUGUGAACUUGACUGACUCGGAGAUUCAGCAGCUGUUUCGGGAUGUCCUGAGUGGUACCAAGGCUUUGCUGCUGGUUUCCAUUUCCGCGUGCUGCCUGCAACUGGGGUCCAUGCUGUGUACCCUUCUGUUAAUUCUGCUGCGACAAUGGAGGAGCAAGUUGGGCUCUGUGGAUGAAAUCAUAAAUUCCUUGACACAGAUCCUGGACGGAGUGCUUCAAGCAGACCAGCAGAUGAUGGAGAAGACCAAAGCCAAAAUCUUCUCUGCGCUCAUCACCGUCCUGCAGAUGAAAGAAAUGAAAGCGAGCGAGAUCCCCCAGUAUUCCCAGCUGGUGCGGAGCGUGUGCAAAACACUCCAGGAAGAAUUCACCGCCCUCUUUGACCACACGCGGCACUGCUUGACCUCGGGAGGUUCCAUUGAAGACAAAGACAGCAUGGACACCGACGAUGCCUCCCGGCCGAAACAGAAGGACCAGCGAGAUGGGGUGUGCGUGCUGGGGCUUCACCUGGCAAAGGAGCUCUGUGAGGUGGACGAGGACGGCGACUGCUGGCUGCACGUGACCCGGACAAUCCCAUUGCUGCCCACUCUCUGCACCACUUUGGAGAUCAGCCUGAGGCUGAAGCAGAAUUUGCACUUCACCGAAGCCUCGCUCCACCUGCUGCUGACGUUGGCCAAGACCCAGCAGGGAGCAGCAGCAGUGGCCACAGCAGGCAUCCUUCACAGUAUCUGUUUGCCCCUCCUGAGUGUCUACCAGCUGAGCAGUAACGGAGGGGGUCAGGUCCCCGUUUCGUCCCGGAGGUCUCUGGACGGCCCGUCGUGGCCCGGCAUCUACCGCCUCUCCAUAUCGCUGAUGGAGCGCCUGCUGAAGACCCUCCGGUACAACUUCCUCACUGACGCCUUGGACUUCGUGGGCGUCCAUCAGGAGCGGAUCCUCCAGUGCUUGAACGCAGUCCGGACGGUGCAGAGCCUGGCCUGCCUCGAAGAAGCUGAUCAUACUGUGGGGUUCCUCCUCCAGCUUUCGAACUUUAUGAAGGAAUGGCAUUUCCAUCUGCCCCAGCUCCUGAGAGAUGUGCAGGUCAAUUUGUGUUACUUGUGCCAGGCCUGCACCUCGCUUCUUCAUAGUCGCAAAAUGCUUCAGCACUACUUACAGACCAAGAAUGGCGAGUCCGUUCCCUCUGCAGUCCUGCCUCGCCUCCAGAGACCCCCGCAGGCGUCGGCCAAGCCAGCAAGCCCCGAGUCAGAGGCUGCGGAGCAGAGGGCUCUGCGCGCCGUGCAGUACGGCCUCCUGAAAAUCCUCAGCAAGUGUCUCGCUGCCUUGCGCCACUUCACCCCAGACAUCUGCCAGAUCCUUCUGGACCAGUCCCUGGACCUGGCGGAGUACAACGUCCUUUUCGUGCUGAGCUUUACGACUCCUGCCUUCGACUCUGAGGUGGCUCCCUCCUUUGGGACCCUCCUGGCCACCGUCAACGUGGCCCUGAACAUGUUGGGGGAGUUGGAUAAGAAGAAGGACCCGUUCGCUCUGGCUGCAGGGUUGUCUCCCCAGCAGGAAGAGAACAAGACGCUCAAGCCUCUCCUGAUGUUUACAAUGGAAAACUGCUUCUACUUGCUCCUCUCUCAAGCGGUCCGGUGUUUGAAGGACCCGGCAGUGCACCCCCGAGAUAAGCAGCGCAUGAAGCAGGAACUGAGCUCAGAGCUGAGCACCCUCCUGUCCAGCCUCUCGCGCUAUUUCCGCCGCGGCGGCCCUUCUUCCCCUGCCGGGGUCGUCCUCCCCACUCCGCAGGGGAAAUCUUCGUCCAAGCUUGGGCCCGAAGGGCAGGAGCCUCUCUUCCAGCUGGUUCAGACCUUUGUCAGACACGUGCAGAGAUAGAUCCCACCCACCCGGCUACAGAUUUCCACCCGAGUUCCCCUCUGCAAGAUUCUUAACCUCCAGCAUCAAGACGACGUUUCCUGCUCUCUGCCAGCAAAGGGCUCUCCCUCCCUCUCUCUACGGGAUACAGGAAGAUCGCCAAACCGUUCCUUGUUUUGUGUGUUACGAGUAAAUCUGGCUUGGCCUGAAUGAGCCUGUCCCUUAUUUUUAUAGCUUAUGUACAGCCUCGGAUGGAAAGAGAUGGAGGGAGCUUGAAUAUCCCCCCUCCCCCCCCCAAAAAAUUAUUGGGCAUUAACCUCAUACUACAAGGACAGUUUUGUGGCGGAGCUUUGCCAAAUAGGCGCCGAGACCCAUCUCACCUGCCUUCCGUGGCGCCAAAUGGACCCGUCCCCGCUGCUCCAAGGGCAGGUGAGUUUUUUUUUUAAAGGCAGCGUCCUCUUUCCAGACAAGAUUAAAAAGUCAGGAUUCCAUUGCUCGAGUCUCACUUUUUGUACUACCUGUUUCCUAUUUAUACCGAUUAAACAUGUUUCUAAGCAA